GAUCUGUGUUUUUGAUUUUUUUCUUAACCAGGGCUCUGAUACCAAUUGAGAGAAUAAAAAUCAGAUCUGGAGUAUAUAAACAGUGUUUUUAUUAUUGUGGAACAUCUGUCCAGAACUAUGUUUCCAUAUAUAUAAAUAGAGGACUAAACAACACAACCAUUACAAAUAGACACAACAGUUCCUAACCAACACAUCUGUUGGAAACUGUCAUAAAACUGCCUGUAACUGCCUAACUGCCUGCCCCUUUUUUACUUAUUUAUUUUUAAAUUUAAACUAUAUUCUGGACUGGAAUUAACCAACAAAGUCUGAAUAAUUUAAUUUUGCCAGAUUUUGGUAGUAUUAUUCCAUGUAUAUUCACAUGAAAGUUCUGUUUGAAGCUUUAGUGCAUUUUGAUAUCCUCGAGCAAGUUAUUUUCUUGUAAUGUUCAAAUGCUUUUAACACCCCCCCCUCCAGUUCCUCUCUAAUCUUUAUCAUCUGGUUCAUUUCUUCCUAGAUGUCAAAGUUAUACGGAGUAUAUCGUAAGGGUGUUUAGAACUGUUUGCAUACGUUGCUGGGAUGAAAAAAAUAGUAAACAUUAAGAAGAACUUGUCUAGAAGUGUAAUGUUGAUUUGAUAAAAAAGAUUGACUAGAUACUACUCAUGCACUCCUGCUUUUGCAGAUAAGGGACUCCAACCGUGCAAUGAUCCUAGCUGCCGCGACUGAGCAGCAGUGCAGAGUUGUUGAUCUUGGUAUAGCUUGUGAUGAUGAACAAGAGAUCGAAAAAACUUUAGACAGUGCCUUCUCUUCUGGAAUCAAUAUUCUUCUAACAUCUGGAGGUGUUUCAAUGGGAGACAGGGAUUUUGUGAAGCCUUUACUUGAAAAGAAGGGGAGGUUAUACUUUCAGAAGGUACACAUGAAGCCUGGAAAACCUCUUGUAUUUGCCAAAAUUCUUCCUAGAUCAGCUGACAACACAUCCAAUACGAUUUUGGCAUUUGGUUUACCUGGAAACCCGGUGAGCUGCUUGGUCUGUUUCCAUCUUUUUGUGGUGCCUGCUAUUAGACAUCUUUCUGGAUGGACACACCCUCAUCUUCCAAGAGUACAAGCUCGGCUCAAACAGUCAAUAAAGCCAGAUCCCGUACGUCCCGAAUUCCAUCGUUCUAUUAUCACAUGGCAGUCAAAUGAUGGAUCUGGCCUUCCUGGAUUUGUUGCCGAGAGCACUGGUCAGCAAGGAAGUAGUCGACUUUUAAGUAUAAAGUCAGCAAAUGCAUUAUUGGAAGUGCCUGCAUCCAGCUGUACAGUUCCUGCUGGUGCUUCUGUGGCUGCAAUCAUUAUUUCAGACAUAAGUUCUCUCUCAAGUUAUAGAAGCCAGCCAUCAGCACAGUCCUACCAUUCAGAGUCAGGGUAUAGGCCACUAGAAGUAAAUGCUUGUGAUCCUCAACCUUCUGGAUUCAAAGUAGCUAUUCUCACAGUUAGUGAUACUGUUGCGGCUGGAAAAGGACCUGAUAGGAGUGGUCCACGUGCAGUUUCUGUUGUGAAUUCAUCAUCAGAGAGACUAGGAGGGGCAAGAGUAGUUGCAACAGCUGUUGUUCCAGAUGAUGUGCAGAGCAUUAGGGAUAUUUUACGGAGAUGGUGUGAUAUUGACAACAUGGAUCUUGUUCUUACCCUAGGUGGGACUGGUUUUACUCCAAGGGACAACACUCCCGAAGCCACUAAAGCUUUGAUUCAGAAAGAGACACCUGGUCUUCUGCAUGUGAUGAUGCAGGAGAGUUUAAAGGUCACACCAUUUGCAAUGCUAUCUCGCUCAGCAGCUGGCAUUAGAGGCUCCACAUUGAUUAUAAACAUGCCUGGAAAUCCUAAUGCGGUGGCUGAGUGUAUGGAGGCACUGAUCCCCGCCCUUAAGCAUGCCUUGAAGCAGAUCAAAGGCGACAAGCGAGAAAAACAUCCUCGGCAUGUUCCACAUGCAGAUGCAUCCGAUACUUGGGAGCGUAGUUACGUAUCAGCUUCUGGUGGCGGCGGAGGUGGUGGUGGUGAAGAGCCCCCACCUCCACCUUCUUGUUCUUGUUCACGCUGAAGUUUCUUGGCAAGCUGAUUGUUUUUAUGAAAUAGUGCAUGUCUUGCUUACAUAUGACAUUGUUCAAGGGGCAAUUAACAAUUUUCAGUAGAUACAAUUGAAAGACAUUGGGUUGAAUGAUUAAUAUGUAAAAUAAUCCUACUAACAUUUGAAUGGUAGUGUCGAAUAUCUGCAAUGCGUUAUUGUUUGAAGAGUGCUGCUAGUCACAAGCAAAACAAAAUCACAAUUCACAAGUGAAUAUAAAUUUCCACUUUCU